UCUCCCGAAGCCAGCAUAGUCUGCUCCCGGAAGCAGCAUGAGGUUCUACGUUCGCUCCAGAACCACCCACGUGGUGGAAAAGGCCGAAGAGCACACCGUGGGAGACGUCCGCGCCUGCGUGUGCCAAGCCGAAGGGCUGCCCCUGGAGAAGGUGAGGCUGUACGCCGCGGGCUCACUCCUCGAGGACGACAGCUUCCCCCUCGUCGAGCUCGGCGUUGACAGCAUCGAGGUCAACGUUGGCCUCAAGGGAGGGAAGGUGCACGGGUCCCUGUCCCGCGCCGGAAAGGUCAAGGGCCAGACGCCGGUGGUCGAGAAGAAGGAGAAGAAGAAGGCCAAGAGCGGGCGGGCAAAGCGCAGGGAGCAGUACGAGCGCCGUGUCCUCCACGGGAGCGGGGCGUCUUCAGGGAACCAGCGGGGCCCCAACGCCCAGGGAGAGUCCAGGACGUAAUGAUCGCGGCGCUAGCGAUCUGCUAGUGAGCAUGGCCGCUGUGAGCAGGAACCCAACGCCUAGUGAGAGUUCGGAUGCUGUGCUAGGGAUCUGCUAGUGAGCAUG